AAAUAACAAUAUCAAAUUGCGACAAGGAAAACGAAAUGUUUCAAGCUUAGAAAGCGUGUAAAAUUUUUGCAGCUGUUUUCGUCGUGGGACCAGGACGUGACCAACAACAAUGCCUGGUGGCGUCGCAGCGGUCACGUGGGUGGAGCGGGUGAAGCGCUACGAGCGCUGUGUCGCGGUGGUGAUGUAGCGCUACGUUGCUUGCGUGCCGCGCGACCGCUAGCACAUAGAAUGGCCAUCUGGAGCUGCUACGGACCGCAUCUAAUGCAGGUAUAUAUAUUUUAUUUAUUUAAUCUUUAUUGCCAAGUUACAGCAAAUGGCGGACUUUGUGCCGGAGGCGUUCUCUACCAGUCAACCGGUGAGGAUAAACAGAAAAUUUGUAAGGCAGUGACAAUGAUAGUUAAUUAGCAUUUUGACAUAAUUAAUAUUCGAACACAUAUAUAUACAUAAAUAAAUAUACAGUAAAAUAAACAGUCAUGUGAGAUUCGAAAGUCAGGAAAGAUUAACUUUUAGAUAGUGUUCUCGUGCUUUUUCUUAAAUACUAACCUAUUCGGAGCAUUUCGUACGUCCAGAGGUAGUGCAUUCCGUAGUCGUAUAGCAGUAAGAGAAAAAGAUUUAUAACAAACAUAGAAUGAUGAGCAGGAGUCUGCAUAUAUGGAGAUGUAAUCAAGUGUUGUGUUAUUGUAAAGCUAUAUUAAAUUACGUGAAUAGUAAUUUUGAUAUUGGAUACUUUGGAAACAAUGUUAACAAACAUUUAUGGUGAAAGUUAAAAUAAACUGAGUGGAGUGGAUAUGUUUGAGCAUUAAAACCCUAAACGUAUUAUUAAUCAUAUAACAUACGGAUAGUACGAGUAUAAUCGUCCACACAUAAGCAGUAGAUUAAGCUCUUUUUGAUCUUAUAGACGUACUGAAUAUUACCAAUAAACUGUAUAACGAAAAUUUGGUUUUGUAGGCGGCGUGCCAUAAGGACAUCCAAAUAAGCUCUAUGGCGAUCCAAUGCUUACACGACUGUGCCACUGCAUUACUCAGUCAACAGGUGGAACUUCCACACUUCCACUUCAACGAGGCUUUGCUCAAGCCUUUUGAGAACCUACUCUGUUUGGAACUCUGUGAUGACGACAUACAGGUUUUUGCCUUCUUAUUCAAUCUAUAUAAACAUAUAUAAAAUAAUGGUAUCCUUUUUUCUUUCAAAUUUUGUUACUUGAGUCAAUAAAUAAAGAAGUCAAUAAUGUUAUUUUACGAUAAGAUUGACUACAAGUUUAUUGAUUUCUAAAUUCCUUUUAAAAUAGAUAUCAUAGAAAUAAAGAUCAUGUUUAUUAAUUAAUUCAGUUUAAAUACUUUCAGGAACAAAUAAUAUCCUGCAUUUGCGAAUUCGUGGAGACAAGCAGAAUGGAAAUCAGAUCUGGUUGGCGGCCACUUUUCAAUACCCUUAGGGCAGCAAAUAACUCUAACCAAUACUCCGCCAUAUUGGAAAUAUUCAAAGUCUUCCUUGGUACUGACAAUACUCUCGUCUUUGCCAACGCAGCUUUGGACUGUAUUUUAUGUCUUCUAAGCCAUAUUAAAGGGUUACAUUACGAUGAAGUACAAAGCAUAGAAGUCAAACCUAAAAAACCUCCUCCUCAACCGAAACCAAGCCUUAGCCUCAAAUUUUCGAAGAACAGUAAAUUUAUACCACUUAGCGAAGAAAAGUCUGAAAAAGUAAUCGUGAACAUGUGUAGAGAAGCACUUUAUCAUUUAGAAAGUUGUGCUGAUAUUCUAACGAUGAUGUAUAAUAUGCCCAAGUGUCCCAUAUUUAAUACCGGAAACAGAAUCAAAGGCGAUUUACCACUGUCUGUAGUUGACCCGAUAAUACCAAGUGGAUCUCUAGAUAUAACCAAAUACAUUAUAAAUAUACCUUGCGAGGAAGAGUCUAUUUCGUAUAAGAAAUUAUCAACCAGUUUGCCAUUGUCGAACACAACUAAUAAUUGUUUAUUGAAACUCGAUAGACCCAGUAAUAUUCUCAAAGUAUGGUAUGUACUCAUAGAAGGAUUAAUUUCUGCUACAGUUGUGUGUUCCAAGAAAAAUCAACCAGCUGCUAUGGAAACUCUUUUUAAGCUUUUGAAAAAUAUCAUCGAAGUACCUGGUACUCAUUUUGGACUUCACUGUAUUAAUCACUUGCUACUACCCACGGUGCAAAACUGGCUUCGUCAAAUAGCGAAUGUCAACACUCAUUGGGAUAGUGUGAUGCCAAACUUUAAGCAAUGUUGCGGAAUGACAACAGAUACUAUAGUGGUAUAUCUUCAUCAUCUACAACAAAUUAACAUUGAAAGAUCAGCGGCCGAAGAAAAUCCUGAUAUAGGUGAAAUACAGCCGUUUGAGAGUGUUGAAGCAACAUUUGCAUUAAAACAAAUAAUGUUAAUACUGGUAGAGUGCAUAGCUCAACCACAGGAGCCAAUAGCGAGACUAGGAGCAUCGUGCAUACGACAUAUUAUUUUAACAUCAGGACAUUUGUUGACCGAUAACCAAUGGGAAGUCGUUUGCACAAGUCUUCACAGAGCUUGUAAUGUUAGUCUGACUCCGUUGAAGCAACUAACUUAUGCUUUUAAAGAAAAUUCCAAUAGUUUCUAUGGUGAUUUGGCAAUCGUGAAAGUAGCAGCAAGACGAGACUGCUCAGUUAAUGAUAACGUGAGGUUACAUGCAAUGGCCCAACAAGUCUUUCUUACUGAAUAUCUCAAAAGUGAUAGUCAUGUAAAAUUAACGCCAAAAAAUUCGUUACAAAAUUUGAUGUUGAUUGACGACAGAAGUUAUAUAUUCUUGAUAUAUCUUCAAGAAUCUAUAAAUUCAUUAAAUCCAGAGUUAUACACUGUUCGAAUUCCACAUAGAGGGCUCGUCGUGGGCUUGUUAGCUCAUCAAAUAUUAGUUCAAAUUAUUGCUACAGUUCUUAUCCAGGCAUCUUCCGACGUUUUUUAUGGCAUAAACAGUAUACUCUUGGAAAGUUUGAAGACUGGUUCUAAUGUCUGCAGCCACAAGUUUUUCUUGAAUAGUGAUAACAUAGAAUUACUAUUGAAAAGUUUAGAACUUUCUUAUAUAAGGGCAAUGCAGUUUGACUCCCGGCCUGGGUUGAAAUUUCUGGUUCAGAAAGUAUCUAAUCUAGAUAGUGCUGCUAAUCUUUACAAACAAACUACAUCAUCGUGGCUAAUCAAAAUUAUUGCACUUACCGAAAUUUUCUUCAGUGGCGUUCAUAGAUUCAAAUUAAAAUCAACUGAUAUAUCUAUCAUUUUGCAUAAUUAUACUACAACUUUAAACUUGACCCUCGAGUACGAUCGAUUUGUUACUAAAAUAUUUGAUUUGAAAACAACUUGGGAAUUGAUUUGUAAUAAUUAUGUAAAACAAUUAAUUCAUGUAACAGAUUUUGAUAAUCAAGAGCAUAUCAAAGAACGAAUGUCUAUCAGUUCAGAUGAUUCGUACAAUUCUUCAAAUCAUUAUGAACAAUUUUAUGCACAAAUAGAAACCACAAAGGAACCCGUGCCGUCUGAAAAAGCCGAAGUCGAAACUAAUAUAGACAGUUCAGAACAAAAAUCGCCAGAAAAACCAAAGCCGUUUACUUUUGCUGAUUUUAAAGCGAACAGUCAAGCCUCCAUAAACGCUGAUAACAAUAGAGGUACUACACCUAUCUUGACAGAUAAUGACACUACUGAAGGUGAUGAAGCUCCUAAUUGUGAUGCAAAUGAAAUGCAGUCAUUAAAUAAUGAACAAGAUCAUAUAUCAAACGAAACGGAUUACGCUAUAAUCCAGGAAUCACAUGUAAGCCCACUCAAAGAAAAUCAUAUAAAUGUCAAAUCUGAGAUAAUGGAUAAUCAUAUAUCCGUGCGAAAAGUUAAUAUUACUAUGUGUGAUGGUCCUACUUAUGAGAAACCUAAGCACGAGCCCCUCAUCCCACCACAGCCCGUACCUCCAGAGAUCGAACAACAAAGAGCAUUGAGUAUAAGUAAGGUAAAUAUAUCAACCUUAUUCGUAUUAUUAUCGUCACCAUAUCGCGUGUCUUUAUUUUCGCAUUAAUUAACGUUUGAACCCUUAGAUCGCUUUGUUCUUACGAGUAUAGUAAUUUCACAGUAUAAUAUGAUUGUUUACCUGAAUUUUAUUUCAAACAAUACCAAAAUCUAUUAAUGAGUCGUGAUCACUUAACAACCAAACAUUUUUAAAUUUACUUGUAAUUCAAAUUGUCAAAAUAUAGUCACCCAUAUUUUGUGGAUUCAUAUUUAUAGUAUUAUUUUCUCCAAGAUACAAUGGUAUAGCCGAUGGCCGAUCCCACACCACUAACUACUUCCUAUCUGUGGCAGUUUUUAAACUCGUUCUCAAAAAAUAUGUUCAAAUUAUGAAAAACACAAUUUAAACUUAAUUACUUAACAAACAUCACUGCACCUUUUCUAAAAUCGUGGUGGCAAUCGUGUAACGAUAUAUUAUUCUGU